AUGGUCGGUAAAGUUGCCGGCCAGCUGGAGGUAUUGUGUGUCGUACUGGGUACCGGUGCAGUGACCAAUCCUAUUACUUUGGCCAUGGAUGAUGUGGCCUUCCCGUCGUUACCGGUUAGCGGACAAACCCCACCGUUAGACAAACCAUCCUCAACCGUCCAACCUCCGGUCACUGGAAGCCUCAAACCGGACGUGAUUGUGGCCGAAUUGUGGCAAGCGUACACAAACUACAUGGAACUGCUCGCCCCCGAACUAGAAGCUGAAGCGGAACGUAUAGCACGUCAACGGGUUCGGGAAGAACAGGAAGCUGCUUAUCGGGAAUCGCUACUACAAGAUCAGCGGAAGGUAAUACCUUGA